CAAAGGCAUUUCGGUUCAGUUUGAUUGAAGGUGGAUAACACGCAGUGUGUACCACGAGGCGAUGAUCCAUAAUUUAGCUAGCAAGCAAAUGUAGCAAUAUGCGUUGGUUUUCGGUGAACAGUGUAUACGAAACGGUGCAACCGUUUAUGUUCCUGCUUGGGUGUGUAGGAUUGGCACCUUUCGGGUACAGGUUAGGAAUGAAACCGGUGAAUCGUUACCUGGAGUUCUGCUAUGUGCUAGUGUAUGGUGGAAUGUAUACCUACGCCCUGUACUCGUUCCUGUUCGUAGCUAAUGUGACCGAUUUUCACCUAUCGCUGAUCAUUGGUACCAUAGAGUGCAUCAAUCUUAGCUGUCAGUAUCUAACGAUGGUAUUUGCCAUUGUGUUUGCGUGGAUUGUAAAACACCGAAUAUCUUUUAUUUUACAAACCCUGCAUGAAUGUGAUGUACAGUUGAGCAAAUUUAGUUCACCGAUCGACCAUCGAAGACUCCAUCUGAAAGUGUCAAUGCUGGCGGUUGGUAUAGUGACAUCGUACAUGUUACUACUCGCUAUACACCUGCCAUUGAUUUUGGAGCUUGUACCUCACAUCGAACCAUCGCUGAAGGAAAUUCUCCCUUCUGCCAUGUUCGGGUUGUGUUUUUUGUUACAAAUUUGUCAAUUUCUCUUAUUUUUGCUGGUACUGCACGAUCGAUAUUGCGCCAUCAAUCAAGCAUUCAGAAUGUACUUUCCAACGAGUCCGUCGGCCGUGGGAAAUCCGAGCGAGUUUGCAAUAUGCAGCGAAAAGGAACAGAUUAAUGUGCUGAAGCAAAUCAAGAUCCUUCACGACAAACUGAACGACGUGGUCGAGCUCGUUAAUUAUUGCUUUUCAGUGCAGAUCACAUUUUGCGUUGGAUUGUGCUUCGUCAUCGGAGUCGUCUGUUCGUUCGGACUGUUCCGGGCGUUCAUCUAUCGUAACGAGCUGUUCUACAUGGGAGUGCUGAACUUCAUCUGGUACAUGUACUAUCUUUUCUUUGUCCUGUUUUUCAUUGCCGUCGGUAGCAAAAUAACACGCGAGGGCAAACGGAUCGGUAUCCUAGUACAUAAAGCCAUCAACUGUUCGUCCUCCUCGGCAGUGAUAAAUGAGUUGAACCUAUUUUCACAGCAGCUGCUACAUCGAAGCCCGGUCAUAACGUGCGGGCUGUUUGUUUACGAUUGGACACUCUGGUACACGAUGAUUGGCGCCACAGCAACGUACCUCAUCAUCUUAAUUCAAUUCGAUGUCUCGUUUCCGAACUUGGUCAAUGUCAACGCCACGGCAGUGUACCGAGGCAGCACCUAAGGCUGGCCGUAUCGACACCAACGCUAAAAGACGAGCAACUUGAUCAUCAUCGCUGAAUCUAGUGGGUAGCAAACUUUUCUAGGACAAGUGAUUCUGGUCGUAGAAGGAAACAUUCUUGCUAAAGCUCUUCGACGAAGCGUUCAUAGAAUCUCUGAUUUAACGUGCAUGUGCGUGUAUGUGUGUGUGUGUUUACUUUGAUGCUGAAAUGAAACAAAAAAUAAAACAGGGCUAAUCUGAAGAGCCAGUUUGGUGAACUUGGUGUAGUUUAUUGUGUGGCACUUUUCUUUCCUCACAACCGCCUCCCUUUAGUCUACAAUCUAGACACGCAACCACCAGCCAUUAGGCGUCUCCAUCGUUGUUUUCUUCUGCGUUGCACCUACUCACAAUUGCCGGCAAGCAUAAAACGGUCAUUGUUUGUGCUCUCAGUAACGUGUUUGAGUGCUACUUGUUAGCAAAACCACUUCAUGUCCCAAGUUCUAGCACAGGAGCAUGGUAGGUGCAGGCGGUUGAUGGCGCCAUGGUAGUAAUUUGAAUUAACCAUCAACAACAGCUAGGUUUCAAAGUCAAUUGCUGCUUCUUUUGGCAAAUAUUUACGCACUGUCAAGCUUGAAAAUUUGGCACUGAAACCAUUAAGCACUACUCGAAGCACACAAAAGCAACAUAGUGACAUCAUGGUGACGAAAAACGUGUCCUAUUGGAACUGUUGGAAGGGUUUAUCGUAGCAUCCUAUUAAAGUAUCUAACUU